CUGUGUGUACACUACGAUAAGACGUCAGUCCAGCUGUUUUGAAAACAGUUACUUGAGAGGUAACAACAACAAACAAACAAAUAAACAAACCAACAAAACUGGAACGUUUUAAGCACACCAAGAGUUUUAUCUUAGAAUCAUCUCAGCUCAGGACAAUUUUAUUUUCUACACGUCUUUGUAACAUCGUGCAGGACACGUCAGCGUCUACUGAAACGAUGAGGCUGACAAUUAUGUAAGUAAUCGAACCGUUAGAUGAAAAAGGAAGCAUUGUUGAGAUUAAUGCCUUGUUAGUGUGAUUUUAUGUCCACCGUCUUACACUUCAAAUGCGAUCCUUGUCAUCUGUUGAUUUAAAAUAUAGAAUGUGUUACUUGGUGAUGAUAUCGGUUAUUUAAGAACAGGCAAUAAACUUACAGCAAAUGGACGUGUGGGAUAAAUGCCGUCUUAUCAUCCCAUUGAGAUAUAACUCUUGGUGAAACUUUAGGGCUCUUUGGUCUUUUAUAGUAAACGUAACACAAUUUUUUAAAACAAAGAUCUCCAACAGACGAUGACAAUGUAGCGAUUGAUUAAAUUUUUGUUAAGGACUAUUUCCAAAUUAAACAAUCAUUAAUAUAGCAGCACCACAUCGACAACAGUAAAAAUAAAACAAAAACAAAAAAAGAUUACAGAAAAAAAGAAAAAAAGACACGUUUUUCAUUGUUUUCAAAAUGUUAAGGAUCAAGAAAUCCAAAAUGAUGUACAGUUCAAUCGAUCAAUAAAUCAAUCUUCCGAGGCGCUACAGACCAUAUGCCAUUGUCACAAUGAUGGCCUGUAUCAGUACAGGAAUUUAUUGGCCCUAACAAUAGUUUUGAUAUAUGUCUUGUGUAAUCCUCCCAGUGGAUUUUAGACGAUUAUCAAUGUCUUUCCACGCAGCGUCUUCAGGUCCAUUGCAUUUCUAUGUCCCUAUGUUUUCUUUCUCUCGCUCAUUAUGUAAUGUAAUUUUAGUUUAUAUAAAUAAAGUUUGUGUUUAGAUAGCAUGUCAUAAAACCAGUGUCCUUUCAAUAAUAAAAUUGGUUUUUUUUUACACAAUUUUGAAUGUCUAUUAUAUUAUUUAUAUUGUAUUGUUUUCAAACGUCUCGUGUAAUGUUUACAAUUUUCGCAUUUCCGACAGGCUCAAGUCGCGAGCUCUCAUUUGCGUUCUCACACUGGCUGCUCUCGUGUCUAUAAGCUGCGCCUCAUUCCUGCUCACACUAUCCCCCAACGCGAUAACACAGGGGCUCACAGAGAACGCCACUCUGAGGUGCAACUACUGGGGUGAGGCCGCCCUCAGCAAGCUGUACAGCGUGACUCGAGUUCAGAUACGGAAAGAUCGGGGAGACGGUGCAAGCCAUCUGUUCGCAGAGCUCGCCAGCAACGAGAAUGUCGUAACGCUGAAGUCGUUCUCCGAUUCCGUCAUCGUUCGAGGCAACGCGUCGUCGAUAGGAGAAACGUAUUUAGAGAUCACGUGGCGCGUGGCGGUGAACGAUCUCUUUGGCCGUUUCACGUGUGACGUUUCGGGAUUCGACGCGAACGGAGCCAUCUUGACGGAAACAUCCCCCACCUUGGAGAUCACUGAGGCGAAUUACACCGUCCACGAGGUGGUGCGUCUGCUCGCGGUUCUGAAAACAGAACAGAAAACGUAUUGCGACGAGAGGGUUCGAGCGGCAGAGGAGAGCUUCUCAGUGAGGAUACGUGAAGUGGAAGCCAAUCAGACGGCCAUGCUAUAUCUCGUGGCAAAUGAGCUGAAAACGGCUACAGAAUCUUCUGAAGAAAUCAGGGGCCAGGUCGAAACGAUUUUAUCUCUGACGUUACAUCAGUUUUGGCCAGAAGGUUUUUACGGCCUCCUGAUGCCUGAGCUUGGCUGUCCAUAUGACAUUGGCGUCCAGUGGACCACAGGGCACCUUCAAUUCAGAACAGAUCCCUCCGACCCAAAUAACGAUACGGUCUCUGAAGUCAGCCGCUUGAAGAAACCGGUUUUAGAGAAGAACGGGACAGAACAUUUCGUUAACCAGUUCUACUGCGUGUCGCGGAAGUCAGGGUUGGGACCGAGAUGGCCUAUGGGAAGCUACUGUUUUCACAAAUUAGAAGGAUCGGAUUGUCCACGGGGAUUUGAAGCCGGGUCUAUAAACAUGGGGGUGGCAACGUCAGAGCAAGGAAAUGCCCCCUCCUAUAUCGUAGCUGGCGAUUCUACCUACCUCUUAUUCUGCUGUCGCUCUGACAGUCCAGCGAAUGUUUCCAUCGAGUUACCGAAUCUGAAACCGUUUUACCUGUACAGGUUGAAAGGGACCUGUCAAGAGGUCGCCGGUAUGUCAGUGACCCCAGAGUUCAUGACCAUCGACACAGUCAAUGGCGCCGAUUUCUUUAACAUUGUUGUUCCAGACGGGACACUCAACGACGUUAGAUUCGAGCUGUGCUACUAUCAGAAACUAACAACUGGCGACAUGCCAUCAAAUGCAAUAGAUGACAUUUGACAUGCUCAUCGACUAUCUUAGUGGCUCUCAACAGUUGUCGAACCCCACCACCCCCAGUUAUUUCAUUUGCUUUAAUUAUAAAAAAUAAUUAUUCAGCAUCUUUUGCAAUAAAUGGCAAUUUCUGAUUUCCAUCCACAAAUAUCAUUUUACUGAUUUCUUAAUAAUAUCAUUUUAAUAUAAUUUUAUUUUAAAACUGUUUUUAAAAAAUUAUCCUUAUACCCCCGCCCCUCCGGACCCACGUUAGUUAUCUCAGCACCUCAUAACUUCUGAGUCUCUUAGCAUCGCUGAGUAAACUAGCCCCCCCCCCCCAAAUCUCCAAAUGUUGGUAAAAUCCUUUGAGAACCACUAUUGUGAGAAUCGAAACGACAUAUAAAGCAAAGAUAAUAGCAUUUUUGAGUGCUAUGUAUUUCCAAGCUGAACAUAUAAUCGUGCCUUCUCCCCCCCCCCCCACACUUUUUUUUCCAACUCCUGUUACUAAGUUGCGACCAUGAAUAAUUCAGUUUUCUUCUUUACAACGAACACUUAAAUGCGUUUUUGGGCAAAUGGCAUCAGCUUGCCGUCGAGCUAACACCAAGCUCUUUAAGCACUCCUCAAAGCACCUCCCACCAGCCUGAAUUCUAGAUCCCCCAGAACAACUUCGGAGGCGCGAAGCUGCACGUUGGAGAUCUUCCUUUGCUAGGACAGCUUCCACCCACAUCCACUCGAUCAGGUUACCGAUGGCGGCUGCCCCAGCCCAGGUUCAUCUGGUCGACCGGACACUGCAUUCACAGUGCCAGAGACCGACUUUCCCGUAUGGGUCGGGGUGGUACAUUUAAGUCCUAAUAUCUUCCCUUUACCACCCUGGGAAAGCAUUGGACGCCCUCUGCAGUGGGUUUCCACCUCGCAACUAAUUCAUGAAAUAGCUGUGACGAAACGGUUGCCUAGGAACAGCUUCCUCAAAGCUGUAUAUAUUUAACUAGAAAUCCAAUUUCCCCCCCCCCCCCCCCCCUGUUGAUACUUCUUACCCCAAAACCAAAUAUUUCAAUUUUUUUUUUUUUAAUGCUUUUACAAAAGUAGUCCUUUAUUAACUAAAAGCUAAAAUUUAACAACCUUUAAAAAAAAAAUCAUCUGUCGUAUAAAUAUUUCAUUGAAUUUUUAAUGGCAUCUAUUUAAUUGUACGAGAUUUAUCAUUUAUGCAAUUAUACAAACUUUUUUUUUUUUGGCAUAAGAUUGGUUUUUAUCUAAUUUAGUGCAUGUAAAGCCUAAUAGACUAAAGAUAUCUUUAAACACAAAUGCGUCCCGAAUGCAAAGAACAUAACAAGAUAAUAUACACAGUCAAAUACCAGACCAAAAACACGUCCCCAUUGAACAAAUCAUAUUUCAUUCACAUUACCGUUGAGAAUCGGGAAUAAAAUGUUUCAAAAGAAAACGUUCAAGGGUUGAGGUUGGGGAUGAGGAGGGGGGGCUGAAAAUUUGAAAUAAUAUUACGUCAUUGACAACGAGACUAUGUUCCCAGUUUCAAUUCAAUGGAAUGACUGGGAUCUGACCGAAGAGUAUGCCUUAAACAAAGAAAAGUUAAUAUAAAGGAUUUAAAACAAAUAAAAUUUUUAAAAAAUUCAGGGAAUGAAGGUGUUACGCACUGUUGUCAGCAGGGAGAAAUUAAUCUCUUAUUUAGAUGAAUGGCUCGUUCCAAAACAGCGCAUAACAAAGACGAUACCAAUGGAUAAAUACAUCAACAAAGACGAUACCAAUGGAUAAAUACAUCAACAAAGACGAUACCAAUGGAUAAAUACAUCAACAAAGACGAUACCAAUGGAUAAAUACAUCAACAAAGACGAUACCAAUGGAUAAAUACAUCAACAAAGACGAUACCAAUGGAUAAAUACAUCAACAAAGACGAUACCAAUGGAUAAAUACAUCAACAAAGACGAUACCAAUGGAUAAAUACAUCAACAAAGACGAUACCAAUGGAUAAAUACAUCAACAAAGAAUACGCUACUUGAAAAAAGCGCUAAUUACAAUCAAUAAGUUUUAUUAAUUAAUAAUAAAGUACAAAAGUCAAAAAGAAAAAUAACUAAGAAUUAUUAACUUACAAUAGAUGUUUUUGCUGGUACCAGUUCAAUGUUGAAUAAAACACAAUGCACAAAAUGUUCAAUAAUGAAAGAAAGUCUACUGUAAACAAAUUCCAAAAUAACUCUCUCUCUCGCCGAAAAGCGUCUCUGCUACGUGUUGCGUGCCAUGUUAAGGACUUAAGCGUAUAUUGUGAUUGCACGUUGUUUAGAGAUUAUAUGUGUUGCUUUAUCCAUUAUCUCUAGUAUUAUGUGACGUACUUUUUGGGAAGGGGAAACGACGUAAUGUUUUUGUGUAGAGUGUUGUCUUUUGAGUAAUGGCAGGUAACGAUUUUGUUAAUAAACAUACUGUAUUUUAAAAUAAUAAUUAAUGGUUUGUGAAGUUAAUAUAAAUAACCCCUAGAAAAAAACGUAGCCAUCGAACCUUUGGCAGUAUCGGUUCGUAACAUUUGGGGGCUUGUCCGGGAUUUGGCUCGUUAGAGAGUAUUACAUCGUGUGAUUGUAUGCCGAUGCUCCUGUGACUGCUGUGACUGUGUACUGUUGUACUACAUCGUGAUUGAGCGGUGUAUACGCUAUACUGCCAUGCCUGCGCAUGCUGUUGCAUCUGUGCGCUGUAGUGAAUGUUUCCCGACUGAGUCUGUAUCCUGCAGUUACUGCAUGCUGCUGUGCUGUUUCCCGGUUUGACUGUCCGUUAUUCUGCUUGGUAGGGUUAGGGUUAGGGCCUGUAUCCUGCUUGGCCCGUAUCCCACUGUGACUGCACCCAAAUGUAACUGUUUCCUGCUGUGAUGUAUCUCGAUUUAAGAGUGUACCGCUGUCCGUUCAGUGGCAAUCGUGCUCCAGAGAUCCGUGAUGUACAAGAUAAGACUUAAGUUACUUACUUUAUUUAUGUUUACUUUAUUUGAAGCAAAAUUUUUUUUGUGUAUAUAUAUAUAUAUAUAUAUAUAUAUAAAUUUUGAGUGAUAUAACAUAUUUAUAUUUACUUUUUUAGACUUUUUUUUUUACCUUACCCUGGUUGUUAAAUCUAUUAGUAUCAAAAAACAUGGAAACCGCGCGUGUAAGUGAAACAUUGAUCCUAGGACUAAGGGAGUUUGGAGAGGACUUGGAUUAUAAAGAAGAACUUUUUCUAGGUGUGUCGAAAACAAGGUAAUAGAAAGAUCGAGGCUAGCUCGGGAGGAGAGGGAUAAGGAACGAGAUAGACAGGCUAGGUUAGAACGGGAAAGAAAAAGCCUAUAAAGCCUCUGUCCAUCCACUUUUAGAUUUCCCAAUUUAACCCGAAGAACAUUGACAGGUUGGAGGCGUUUCAGCGACGGGCAGCACGCUUUGUCCUGAACCGCUACAGAAACACCUCAAGUGUUGGCAUAAUGCUGAAAACACUGGGCUGGUCAUCAUUGGAAGAACGAUGACGGCUAUUCAAGCUCUCCAUGUUGUAAAAAAUCAAAAAUGGCCUGUUCCACUGCUCCAGCAUUAAACAGGAACUCGUCCAUCUCCCCCCUAGACAGCGACGAGGCCACGACAGGCAAGAACUAAAACUAAGACCAUCGGUGAACGCUCCUUCUGCUUCCAUGGGCCCACGUUCUGGAACCAGCUCCCCUUCCAUAUACGUCAUAGUGAAACCUCGUCCAUUUUCAAAAAGUCCCUUAAAACUCAUCUGUUUAGGUCCGCCUAUGACCUGUGAUGCACCUCCUUGCCCUACCUCAUUUUCUGUUUCGGGUUGAUCCUGAAGUGUCAAAGUGUCCUCGUUUUAUAGCCAUUUUCAUUGUUUCUAUAGAAUAGUAGUUACUAUCCUAGUGUCUCAUUUAUAUUUACUUAGUUUAUAUGUUUUAAUAAUUGUAAAGCGCUUAGAGCUUUAUGAUAAGCGCUAUAUAAAAAUGCCUAAAUAAAUAAAUAAAUAAAUAAAUAAAUAAUAAAAACAAUAACUAAGUACAGGAGCUGCUCAUUCCUGCCAAAAACAAUAAGGGACUGGAACAAGCUUCCAAAAGCAACAGUUGAUGUGGGUACACUUAACACAUGUGUGUCUAUUGCCUCCUGUCUUCCAAACCCCAGUUCAUAAUACCACUGUUGAGUAGCCCUUACAACUAGUGAAGUAUGCCAUUCAAAGCCAUGCACAGUAAAAGCGCGAACUUCUCUGAAACAUAGGAGCCAGAGUGAUCAAUUCAUUGAUAGUUGGCCCUCAAAAUAUGGAAGAAUUGUUGUUCGUCCGUCGAGGAUCGACGAUGACCAUCGAGUCAUCUGGUGACUGAUUACUUGCGCGGGUGACUUUUGUUUAAAGUGAGGAAGAGUUGCGCAGCGUCAACCUCACUCUCUCGUCCGAGCCCACCAUAUCCAGUGGCAAGACUCUACGUCAAGACGACCAGGGAUGAGUACGGUUGCAGGAAUGGACAUUGUAUGCGCCUUACGGGACUCCAACUCCGGGUUUGAAUUCAGAGUUUCCUUCUCUUAGAUGAGUUGCCGACCAAGGUUAACGAGUCUCAUCCACCCGGGGUGAUGUUUUUGCUUGACCGGCCUUUGGCUGAAAUUGAGGUUUGCUCAAUUUAGACCAUUCGGCCACCCAGUCACCCAUGCAGUGAAUGACCAUGGCGUUCUAAGUGUCUGGUCAUGUUCUCAGCGAUUCACACCACUGUGCUGUCUCCGCCUUUUGUCCGUUGACCAAGUAGUGGUUCAUCCGCACAAUUUGCCGGAUUCAGUCUUUACAUGCUAUGGGGGACAACCCUUUUUUUCCGAAAGUUCUAUGCCCUUCGGCUACCCUCAAACUGGAAUAGUAGUACUUCCGGCUGCAACAAGAUGGCGGAGAAAAAAUUCAAAAGAGCACAAAAGGAAGGAAACAUGGAUUUUACAAGAAAAUAAUUGUAUGAAAUAGUUCUUUCUUAUGAAUAUAUGCUUAAGAAUCUGCAGAGGAUCAGAAUCUUUGUUUCGGAUACGUAAUUUUUCUCUCAACAACAUUUCGUUAACAAAAUCUCCAUUGUCACUAAACAAAGGAUAACUUCCGGCUACAACAAGAUGGCGGUAUAGUAAUACACAAUAGGAAGGAAUCUCAGUGUGUAGGCGCUUCAAUCAAGCAAGGGGGAUAGUUAAAGAUGAUUAUUGGAAAUUGGCUUCGACGCAAGAAAAUUCGCACUUUUAAUUAAUUUUUAUUGUUUUGCGGUUCCAUUCAGGAUCAGAAUUUAUGCUGUUAUUAACGUAUUUCUCCUUUAAAUUACAACUACUGUUGGGCUGAAUAGGAAGAAGCCAUCUUGUUCGGAAACAGCCGGAAGUCUCUGUACUCAGCUCUCACCUGUGGUUCCAAGAAGCUGUAACAUGCACAGCGACUACAACCCAGACAUGGAAGAAUAAGAAGAGAAGACGAGAUUGACAAGCUAAAGCAUGAGAUAGACAAUAUAGACUUAUAAGGGAAAAACAGGAAAGACAAUUUAUGCUAGAACGGCUGGCCCAGGAGCUAUCAUCACAGGAAAAGUUAGAGCGGCAGGAAAAACAUGAUAUGUGGAAAGAGGAAAUUAAGUUUAAAAAAAAAAACAAGUGGCUAGAGUUGAGAAUUGGAAGAGGGAGAGACAGAGAGAUGAGAUUAAUGUGUUUAAGGAAACCGGGAGGCCGCGAGUGAGUUAAAAAGAGUAACAAUAGGGAAAUGAUUAUGUGUUUGAAGUUCAGGAAGAGAGGAAUAUUUUAAAUGUAGCCGAAAGUAAGAAGUUUUGGAAUUAAAAGUUAAUCUAUAAAGUUUUGUUGUUUUUUUUUACUGUGCUCCGUUACUUUCCAUACGUCUAUUUGUUUUGUUUGCUGAUGAAAGCUCUAAGCCGAAACUUCCAAAUCGUUUGUUCUGUUUAUGAAUUCAAUUUAAGCAUACACCCUGUUCUUGACUUUCAUUGUCGUAAUCUACCGGCCAUCUAAUAAAAUCAAGUCCACAGAGAACAACUAUGCGACAAGCUGAACCAGUCAGUCUGAACUAAUCCAUUUAUCUUAAUACAUUGAAACUAAUCUAUCCGACCUAAUCCAUAGAUAUGAUCCAAUCCAUUUUACCUUUUACAGCUGGUUUAAUCCGUUAUAGUGUUUUAUGAAAGGAAAUCCACCUUCAAUGUUUUAUAACAUGGCAUGCAUCUUCAAGCAAGUAGCAUAGGUAAAAGCGAAGUGGAUGAAUGAACAAAGCUAACAAAUUAAUAUGGGUUCCAUUCACUCACACCUUUUAUAUCAUUACCACCCCUCACACCCUUCAAGCAAGUAGCAUAGGUAAAAGCGAAGUGGAUGAAUGAACAAAACUAACAAAUUAAUAUGGGUUCCAUUCACCCCCCCCUUUUUUUUUACACCCCCCCCCCCCCCCACACACACACACACACCCAACUGCAUUAGCUCCCAGCAACGAUGUCUUGUAAAAGAAAGUCAACCAGACCGAAAGUAAAGUAAUAUUGAGCCAAACAGCAAAACAGAGCCAACAGAGUCCACAGAGCCAAAUCCACAUAUGGUAACACAAGAUUGAUGCAGGGCAGAGACGAUUCCGCAUCUGUAAGGCUACUUCAACCACAGAAUUCAGUCCAAGUCUCGACUAUCCUUGCCCACAAGUUGUAUGGUAAAAAUCUGUUCAAUCUGAUCAAAUAAGCGUUUCCCAAUCCGAGUGCAAAAGAACAAUUUGAUUUGAUGAAAGUACAUGUAGAAACUAUAAUUAAAACUAUAGGCCAACUAAAUUAUGGACAUUUAGAAAAAACAAUUUCACAAUUUGAAUGAUUAUAUCUGCACUUUUGACCUGUGUGUAAAAUUCGGUUUUCAACGACACUUCGAUACCACAAACCUAUUAUCCAAACACACCUUUAGCACACUUAUCUCCAUAUAAUUGUCUCCUUAACACUCCCAUGCCCAAGGCUACAAAUUUGCUUUAGAUAAAUGGUUCACACUUUAUCUAUUUGUAUAUUUUUUUUAAUUCAGGAAAGUUUUCUAAAAUCAAUGGUGCCAUCAAAUGGAUAAAAGUUUUUAAAGAAAUCAUAAAACCACAUUUAAUCAUUCAAUGAACGAAAUAUGUAAGAUGUAGCCAUUGUGUACUAUGUAAUAGCCAUUAUGUGUGUGCGCACGCGCGUAUCUGUGCAUGUGUAAUCUGAUAACAUAUUUGUUAAGCGUUAAGUUUAUGCCUAAACUCAAAAUUUAAGAACCACUGUAAGACAUGAGAGAAAAUCCCAGUACUUAUAGGUAACAUGCGUAUCCCCUUUAAGGCCAGCUCUCUAUUUGAUGUAAGAUUAACUCAGUUUAACAUGUUAGCGCCUUUCAAGCUCUGCACACAAGAGAUGAACACAUAAGUGAGCUUCACACCUGAGUCAAAACCAACAUUAAAAUAAUAUAUAAAAAUGAAGAUCUUGUCAAAUCAUCGGCCUUUAUAUUUCACCUAUACGAAUUUCAAGACUUUUGUGUAAUUCUGUUUCACUCCAGUGCAAUGGUUCUAAAGCCUUUUAAAAUUACGGGACAUUUGCAGAUGUUUUUCUGUACAUUAAUUUCAAGACAUAUAUAAACACGUGUGUUAUCGGACGUGACUAGCUGGAAGAAACUAAUUUUUAAAUCAUUUAUAUUUAUAUUAAUUUCACUUUUCUUCAUGUGUUGCUUUCUGGCCGCGUGGCCAAAUCUUCCGACAGCUAAUUGACCCACUCCUCGUCAAGCUAUAGAGCUGGAGCUUGGCACAUAGACUCGUUGCCGAUGACAACACAUUAUUUCAUUUUUUUAACAUCUACUUCAAAUCCCCAAAAAUCUUCUCUUUUUUACUGGCUGACAAGGUGAAAAUGGAGGAAAUAUGAUAACGCUGCUUUUACAAAAUACAAUUCCUCGCUAACUGCGCUAAAUGAGAUUCUUUUUAAAAAAUUCGCAAGAGCGUUUGGUGCGUAAUAUUUUCUUUUUGUUUUUUUUUUCUGAAAUAUUUGGUGAAAUAAAUCUGUGGUGCAAAAGCGAAUGGGUUACUGGAAUAUUAAUAUAUUUCAGGGGCGUGAAAAAAGUGAUGUUUCGAGUCUUUGGGGAAGGGGGGGGGGGUGGGCACAUAAUUGGGAUGCUACUUAAUGCGGUAUUUCAAUGCAUGUUUUUUUCAAAUUUUUAGCCCUACGAAUGGGUUACUGGAAUAUUAAUAUAUUUCAGGGGCGUGAAAAAAGUGAUGUUUCGAGUCUUUGGGGAAGGGGGGGGGUGGGCACAUAAUUGGGAUGCUACUUAAUGCGGUAUUUCAAUGCAUGUCUUUUUCAAAUUUUUAGCCCUGGCCCUCAUUGCUCGCUAUUACAUAUUAUAAAGUAUCUAUUUUUUUUAAAUGUUUUUAAGGGUAGUUUAAUUCAAGUGUAAGAAGACGAUACGUGUCAGCUUAAAUCACAGCAGUAGCAAUCAAACAUAAAUCAAGUGGCACAGAAAUAUUUUCAAAUCCCAUCUGCAUGCAUAGGAGGCACAAUGAUCAUUACAUUGAUCGUGUGGGUCCUCUAAUGUAUAGAAGAGGAGAAGAAAUAGCCACAAAUAGCCGUUAGGUCUGAAACCUUUCCCUCUUCAGCACUUUAGGAGUGGCGUUUUUAAAGGAAAAACAAAAAACUCAAUUUUUGAUAAAAUUAAUUUCGGGUUCUAUUAUUUGAAUUCGUAAGUGAACAUUCUGAUACCUACGAUCACUUCUGUUUUAAACAUUUAAGAAACCUCGACGAUAUUUUUAGGGGUAAAGGGGAAAAAAACAAAAACACAGUCCAGGUUUAUAAAACCCCACUUUAAAAAAAAUUAAAAAUUAAGACUAUAUCUCAAAGAGGAAUGUAUGGGAUAAGGGAGACUAUCCAUUUUAAAACAUCAGUAAUUCCCUACCCUAUUUUAUUCUAACAAUUUAAUGUAUGUAUAUAUAUUUAUAUAUAAGUUUUCAUAUUUUGUUACACAGUUCCUUGUGCUAUUCUUAGCAUGGAGACUGCCUAUAUCUUUUGAGUUCAAGAGUUAUUUUAAACGAAGUUUUCCCAUAAUAUUCUUAUGUUUACUUCGAAGGAGUUCCAAAUAUUUGUAGAACAGAGUCACACUUGGGAUGUACGCAUUCAGAAAGGUUUAGACACCAAACAGUUUCAGGAACGACUCCCUGUGUGUACACUACGAUAAGACGUCAGUCCAGCUGUUUUGAAAACAGUUACUUGAGAGGUAACAACAACAAACAAACAAAUAAACAAACCAACAAAACUGGAACGUUUUAAGCACACCAAGAGUUUUAUCUUAGAAUCAUCUCAGCUCAGAACAAUUUUAUUUUCUACACGUCUUUGUAACAUCGUGCAGGACACGUCAGCGUCUACUGAAACGAUGAGGCUGACAAUUAUGUAAGUAAUCGAACCGUUAGAUGAAUAAGGAAGCAUUGUUGAGAUUAAUGCCUUGUUAGUGUGAUUUUAUGUCCACCGUCUUACACUUCAAAUGCGAGCCUUGUCAUCUUUUGAUUUAAAAUAUAGAAUGUGUUACUUGGUGAUGAUAUCAGUUAUUUAAAAAGAGGCACACACACAAAAGGAGCAAACGGCCGUGUGGGAUAAAUGCGGUCUUAUCAUCCCAUUGAGAUAUAACUCUUGGUGAAACUUUAGGGCUCUUUGGUCUUUUAUAGUAAAUGUAACACAUUUUUUAAAACAAAGAUCGUCCAACAGACGAUGACAAUGUAGCGAUUGAUUAAAUUUUUAUUUAAGGACUAUUUCCAAAUUAAACAAUCAUUAAUAUAGCAGCAACACAUCGAUAACACAAAAAACAAAACAAAAACAAAAAAAAGAUUAAAGAAAAAAGAAAAAAAGACACGUUUUUCAUUUUUUUCAAAAUGUUAAGGAUCAAGAAAUCCAAAAUGAUGUACAGUUCAAUCGAUCAAUAAAUCAAUCAUCCGAGGCGCUACAGACCAUAUGCCAUUGUCACAAUGAUGGCCUGUAUCAGUACAGGAAUUUAUUGGCCCUAACAAUAGUUUUCAUAUAUGUCUUGUGUAAUCCUCCCAGUGGAUUUUAGACGAUUAUCAAUGUCUUUCCACGCAGCGUCUUCAGGUCCAUUGCAUUUCUAUGUCCCUAUGUUUUUCUUUCUCUCGCUCAUUAUGUAAUGUAAUUUUAGUUUAUAUAAAUAAAGUUUGUGUUUAGAUAGCAUGUCAUAAAACCAGUGUCCUUUCAAUAAUAACAUUGUUUUUUUUUUAACAAUUUUGAAUGUCUAUUAUAUUAUUUAUAUUGUAUUGUUUUCAAACGUCUCGUGUAAUGUUUACAAUUUUCGCAUUUCCGACAGGCUCAAGUCGCGAGCUCUCAUUUGCGUUCUCACACUGGCUGCUCUCGUGUCUAUAAGCUGCGCCUCAUUCCUGCUCACACUAUCCCCCAACGCGAUAACACAGGGGCUCACAGAGAACGCCACUCUGAGGUGCAACUACUGGGGUGAGGCCGCCCUCAGCAAGCUGUACAGCGUGACUCGAGUUCAGAUACGGAAAGAUCGGGGAGACGGUGCAAGCCAUCUGUUCGCAGAGCUCGCCAGCAACGAGAAUGUCGUAACGCUGAAGUGGUUCUCCGAUUCUGUCAUCGUUCGAGGCAACGCGUCGUCGAUAGGAGAAACGUAUUUAGAGAUCACGUGGCCAGUGGCGGUGGACGAUCUCUUUGGCCGGUUCGCGUGUGACGUUUCGGGCUUCGACGCGAACGGAGCCAUCUUGACGGAAACAUCCCCCACCUUGGAGAUCACUGAGGCGAAUUACACCGUCCACGAGGUGAUGCGUCUGCUCGCGGUUCUGAAAACAGAACAGAAAACGUAUUGCGACGAGAGGGUUCGGGCGGCAGAGGAGAGCUUUUCGAUGAGGAUACGUGAAGUGGAAGCCAAUCACACGGCCAUGCUGUAUCUCCUUGCGAAUGAGCUGAAAUCGGAAACCAAUCAAACGUUGAGCACGGCUACAGAAUUUUCUGAAGAAAUCAGGGGGCAGGUCGAAACGAUUUUAUCUCUGACGUUACAUCAGUUUUGGCCAGAAGGUUUUUACGGCCUCCUGAUGCCUGAGCUUGGCUGCCCUUAUGACAAUGGCGUCCAGUGGACCACAGGGCACCUUCAAUUCAGAACAGAUCCCUCCGACCCUAAUAACGAUACGGUCUCGGAAGUCAGCCGCUUGAAGAAACCGGUUUUAGAGAAGAACGGGACAGAACAUUUCGUUAACCAGUUCUACUGCGUGUCGCGGAAGUCGGGGGAGGGACCGAGGUGGCCUAUGGGAAGCUACUGUUUUCACAAAUUAGAAGGAUCGGAUUGUCCGUGGGGAUUUGAAGCCGGGGCUAUCAACAUGGGGGUGGCAACGUCAGAGCAAGGAAAUGCCCCCUCCUAUCUCGUAGCUGGCGAUUCUACUUACCUCUCAUUCUGCUGUCGCUCUGACAGUCCAGCGAAUGUUUCCAUCGAGUUACCGAAUCUGAAACCGUUUUACCUGUACAGGUUGAAAGGGACCUGUCAAGAGGUCACCGGUAUGUCAGUGACCCCAGAGUUCAUGACCAUUGACACAGUCAAUGGCGCCGAUUUCUUUAACAUUGUUGUUCCAGACGGGACACUCAACGACGUUAGAUUCGAGCUGUGCUACUAUCAGAAACUAACAACUGGCGACACGCCAUCAGAUGCAAUAGAUGACAUUUGACAUGCAUAUCAACUAUCUCAGUGGCCCUUAACAGUUUUCAAUCACACCACUUACUUAAUUUUUCGGGAAAAUGUUGUUGUUUUUUUCCAAUUGUUUGCAGCAUGUGUGGCAAUAAAUGUCACAUCUUAUGUCUAUCUAUAAUACAAAUCUACAAGCAGUGCUAGGUAAAGGGCAAAUAGGAUAAAUAUCAGAUCUUGGAAGAACUUAAUGACGAAUCAUCAGUUGGCUGUGGCCGUAAACAUGCAGUUUAUAUCAGCACUUCCAAAACUUUUAAAAUUUGCGGACGUUCCGAAGAGUGUCCCAC